CAGACGCGGGGCCCGCCCGCAGCGCUUGGGAGCGACCGCGGCGGCUCCGGAGUGUGGCAGGCGCCGGUUGGUCCCGUGCCCCCCCCCCCCGGGAUGUCCCACGGGUACUUCCAACACGGCGGCAUCACCUUCCCGGGGCUCCUGUACAGCCCCCGCGGGCUCGAGGCCGCCCGCGACUUCCCGGUGCACGACGACGAUGUCUUCAACGUCACCUACCAAAAAUCGGGCACGGUGUGGAUGCUGGAGAUCCUGAGCCUGAUCCGGUGCGACGGGGACCCGCGCUGGUGCCGCUCGGUGCCCAACUGGGAGCGGGGCCCGUGGCUGGAGACGCUGCUGGGGCUGCGCCGCGCGCGGGGCGCCCCCCGGCCCCGCCUCAUCAGCUCCCACCUCCCCGUGCAGCUCUUCCCCACCGCCUUCUUCAGCUCCAAGGCCAAGGUGAUCUACACCGUGCGGAACCCGAAGGACGUCCUGGUUUCCCUCUAUCACUUUGCGCGGAUCUUCCGCCCCUACAAAGAUCCCGGGAGCCUGGAGCAGUUCCUGGAGCAAUUCCUGCAGGGAGACGUGCCCUUUGGCUCCUGGUUCGACCACGUGCGGGGCUGGAUGGGGCUGCGCGGCCGCGAGAACUUCUUCUGCAUCAGCUACGAGGAGCUGCAGCAGGACCUGCGGGGCAGCGUGGAGCGCCUGUGCGUGUUCCUGGGCCGGCGGCUGAGCGCGGCCGCUCUGGACGCGGUUGUGGCCAACGCCUCCUUCGCUGCCAUGAGCCGCAACCGCAUGAGCAACUUCAGCCUCUCGCCCCUCUUCAUCCUCGACCUGCGGCGCGGCCCCUUCCUGCGCAAGGGGAUCUCGGGGGACUGGAAGAACCACCUCACCCCGGAGCAGAGCUCCCGCUUCGACCGGGUGUACCGGGAGCGCAUGGCGGGGCUGGGGGUCACCUUCCCCUGGGACCCCCCCGAAGACCCUCCCGAGGACCCCCCCGAGGACGAGACCCCCCCCAGCUCCUCCCAGGACCCCCCCCAAGCCCUGCCCCCCACCCAGCCCCCCCCACCCUGACCCCCCCACACAUCGGGGGGGGGGUAGUGCCUAGUGGGGGGGGUCCCAGCGCAUCGGGCCCCCCCCUCCAUUGGAGGUGGUGGUGUCUCAAUAAAGCUGCUCUGUUGGGGGGGUCCCGAGGGGGUCUGUCCCCUCCCCCCC